AUGGAUGUUCAAAUACCGUUUAUAGCUCAUCAUUCUGUAGGACAAACUUUUGAAGAAAUUCUACCAUCUACGUCUGCAUACAUUAAAAAACAGCCAGAGUUUUUGGAAAGUGGAUGCAUUUUGAAAAAAGAUGCCUUACAGGCUGUGAAACUGGAUCCCGCAGUUUUGGAGGCACAAAUAACAGUGGAAACGAGAAAAAUCGAUGGAACCGAUUCUACACAAACUCAAGUUUCUUCACAAGGAAGUGAAUUACCCGCUGAGGCUCUGCGUGUCGACUUCAAGAAAAUUGUGUCAAUGCACGAGACAGCACUCCUCUCUUUGACUCCGGAUCAGUAUCAGUUCCUGCUAAUUUACGUCGAAGCUCUUCGCCAGAAGCGAAUUGGUUUACAAAAGCAUUUUGAGUGCGCCUUCUGUAAGAAAAAUGGGGAGUCAGUGUCAUGGUACAGAACGCAUGCUCUGAAGGAUGGGCGCGGUCGGGUGAAGUGCCCUGUACUUAGAGGGUUCCGCUGCCCGCGCUGUGGGGCCACCGGGGACCGAGCUCACACCAUUAAAUAUUGCCCACAGAACUCCGAUUAA